UCAGGUGGGGGUGGGACCAUGGCUGGUCGCACUCUAGCUCUGCGCUAUGGGCCCUCAUGGUCCCCCAUCUCUGGAACCGAAGUGCCUGGAUCCUGGCCCAGCUGGCAUCUCACCAGCAGCGGCAUUGCCCACCACAUUAUCCCAUCUGUGUCCUUUCCCCCGCCCGCCAUACAGUUCACGGUCGCAGAGCCUCUACCCCCGGCAGCACAGAAGGAUUUGCACAUCUGGGCUUUCGACGAGGUCAUCAGCAGAUGGGAAACGACCUCCGGUUCGGCUUAUGUGCCCAAGACCUACGGCGGGCCCUAUGCACAGCCCCGGGCCGCAGAGCCUGAGGACCCCAGGCGGACUGUGGGAAUCAAGGAUUUAGGAGAAAAGCUCAGACACCGCGGCUGGCGCCUCCCUCUGAACACAAAGCACCAGAGCAGCGAGACGAAGGCGCAGUACACCUGCUGGCCCGGCCUGGACCAGCGCCCCAUCGUCCACGUCGGGCCUCAGCCCCUGGAGCUUGCGGACCACCACCGUGGGGGUCCUUCCCAGGCUCUAAUCCCUUGGACGAAGAACCCUGAGCUGGCAGGCCGGUCGUUCACAAUAUCCGACCGGGGUGUCCUGGACCGCCACCAGCUCUAUCUGACCACCUCGGCCCGGGAUUUCUACCCGAAGAACCAGCUGUCCGGAUAUCCUCGCAAGGACUCAUUGACUUCGAGCUUCAAAGAGACGCCCCAGGUCCGGGGCCACGGCCCGCGGCUCCCGCCGUGCCCGCGGCGGAUCCGCUUGCCCCGCGCGCGCCCGGUGACGCAGGCCGUUCCGCACCGCGGGGCCCUCCCUCUGGCUCGGGAGUCCUACAGCCUCCCGCUGCAUCCACUCCGCCGGCUCGACCGUUUCUGCCCGCUGGAGGCGCCCUGGGGCGGCCCCCACUGGAAGCCCCUGCCAGGCAUCUACAGCGUGCCGAAAGCCUACAGCACCGAAAACUCCUGCUACGGCAGCUCGAAGCCCGCGCCGGUUUGAGC